UCACAUUUCACGUGGUAUGAUAAACGUCAAAUUGCUGCAAUAUAAACGCAAACUGAGAACAAACGUUUUUAAAUAGCACGAACUUGUUGUUUUUUACUUAAAGUACAUAGAAGUUUGCUACAGAAAUGAAGAUAAAGAAGCAACAUCGCAAAAAGAAAUACCUUCACAAACUUAACCGAAAGAGAAUGCAUCUCAAACAAAAAAGCACAGGCGAGGUUAAUUGUAAACCAAUAAAAGAUGCAUGGGAUUUCAAAAAAUCUUCUCUGCGAAACAUGAAGGAUAUGGGUCUGGCAAAUGAUCCUAAUAAAGUCAUAAAAAUACCCAAUUUUAAGCAGGAUAAAGUGAAGUUAGCUAAAAAGAUAGUUAAUCAAGAAGAAUCUGAUGAAGAAAGUGAAGAAGAAACUAUCCAGCCAGCAGUAGUUAAAAAAGAGGUUGUUGAAAUAUUAGAAAAGGAGGCUAAGGCACCACGGCCCAGGCGAUUCAUGUUACCGAAACCCCAAGUUGAAUUCAUAACAUACUUGCUAGACAAAUACGGGCAUGACUACAAGGCUAUGGAAAAGGACAGGAAAAACUACUAUCAAGAAACUUGGAAACAAUUGAGGGCAAAAAUAAAGACAUUUAUGGGUAUUCCAAAGCAGUACAGUGAAUACUUAGCAGCCAGAGGGUUAUUAGAUAAAGAGGAUGAUGAUGAGGAAUUAAAGAAAUUGGCUAAAGGACUGAUCGUAGAUGAUGAUUAACUGGAACACAACUUUUGUUAUAAUAACUGUAAAUAAAUUAAUUUUAAGGAA